AAUUUAUAAACUAAAUAAAAUCCCUUUUUUUUUUUACUUUCUUUCUUUCUUUUCUUUUCCCUAUUACACGUCCCAUUCUUACAUUCACGGUCACUUAUGACUUUUUAUUACUCUUGUUCAAAUGAUGAGACUGCUAGAAAUGAAGAAGAAGAAGCGGGUUCGAUCCUGGUUGCCUUGGCAAAUCAAACAGGCCACCAACAUAAUAAUAAUAAUAUUCGCUCAAAUAGAUUGAUGUCUAUACACAAUUUGCUAGACGGGAAGAAAAGAGAAAGGGAAGAAGAGGAUUGUCCAAAUAAGCGACCUUUUAGUAGAUUCAUGGAGCCAGUCAGAAGAGAACAUCAUUACAGAUCAUUUGAUUCACCUACGUAUGUUUCGCACCAUCGAUCGUCUAUAUCUGAAAAUCAAUCUGAUGGUUACUCCGCACCUUCUACACCACCUCCUUACUCUUCUUACUUCCACAACAAGCCACAAGAAACACACAAACUGUCAAUAGGAAGUGAUAUGCCAUUAGAGAGCAAUCGCGUCCAGUCCUACUUUGAUCCAUCCGAUACAAAGACAGGAAAUGUAUAUUCCAGAGUUCAAGACAAAAGAUCUACAAUGGUACCAAAACUGAAUCAGAAAUCGACUGUGUCAUUUUCAAUUAAAAGGACGCUACAUGAUGCGAAACCGCGUCCGAGAUAUAGACGUAAUGCACUUCAAGCUUAUAUCAGUUACAUGACAUAUGCAGAUAUGACGCGAAAAAAAAGACAACAACAACAACAAUUAGUAAAAUCAGUGCCAGUACAACAAGCUUCUUCUUCCAUACUACAAAGAUACGCUUAUCCUACUGCACCAUCAUCGUUCUACCAUCCAUCUAUAAUGCAGACAAAAUCAUCCACUAAAAGUAAUACUAUUAUAGAGCAGCCUCUUACUGCUUUUCUUCAUCAACCUUCAUCAGCAUUUGGCAAUGAUCAUGCGACUAAACGAUAUUAGCAUCUCUUUUUAUUUUUCCUAUUGUACAUAGUUAUCCCCCUUCCCAUAUAAACAUACACACACAUAUAUAUAUAUAUAU